GUCGGACUUUUUUAUUUAAAGAAAAUCAGAGAAAUUGAUAAAUAUCCCCCUAGAUAUAACAAUAGUAUCUGAAAUGAAUGAAACAGCAACUGCCCAGGGCCACGUUGUCUGAGUAAUGGUAAAAUCAUUACUUGAUUUAUCAAACAAUAACUUGUAGUUCGACAUACAGGUGCCAUUUUCCGAAUCAACCAGAUGUUUAUUGUUUGUCAAACCCAUAAUUAGUUAGUGCUGUAUAUAUAUGUAAAUAUUUUUUCGAUUCUGGAUAUUAUGUAUCUCUUUCUUCUCUUUGCAGGCUCUUCUAGUCAUGUUCAGCUUUGAACCAACAACUCUUGUAGUGACAACUGUCAUUUGCCUAUUUCUGAUAUACCUCCUCCUUUAUAAUGGGAAAGGAAUCCCUCCAAACUUUCCUCCUGGACCGAAACCAUUACCGUUUAUUGGAAAUCUACAUAUAAUAAACCUAAAGAAGCCUCAUAAGACAUACAUGGAGCUCUAUAAGAAGUAUGGCUCAGUAUUCAUCGUUCAUCUCGGUACAGAGAAGGUUGUUGUUCUUUGCGGGUAUGACACGGUGAAAGACGCGCUGGUUAACCAUGCCGAGGAGUUUUCGGAGAGAGCUGACACAACUAUUUCUAGGAAAAGAUUAAAGGGAUAUGGAAUUAUUUUUUCUCAUGGGGAAAACUGGAAAGUGAUGAGAAGAUUUACCCUUGCAACAUUAAGAGACUUCGGCAUGGGGAAGAAAACGAUAGAAGACAAAAUUAAUGAGGAAUGUAAUUUUCUAUUGGAAGCAUUCAAAUCCUACAAAGGAGAGCCAUUUGAGAACACCUUGAUUAUGAAUGCUGCAGUAGCCAACAUCAUUGUGUCUAUACUGCUUGGUCAUCGCUUUAAUUAUCAAGAUCCAACCCUUCUGAAGCUUAUUCGUUUAGUAAAUGAAAAUGUCAAGCUUUUUGGGCGCCCUAUAAUUAUGCUAUACAAUGCGUUUCCAUCUGUGGUGGGCUGGUUACCUGGAAGUCACCAAACAGUUUUGGACAAUUCACAGAAAUUACAAAACUUCAUUAAAGAAACUUUUACUGAACACAAGGCUCGACUAGACAUAAAUGAUCAAAGGGAUCUUAUCGAUGUUUUCCUUGUCAAGCAAAGAGAGGAAAAGCCAAAUCCUGGAUUGUUUUUUCACAACGAGAAUCUAAUAUCGCUUGUACACAAUUUAUUUUUUGCUGGAAUAGAGACGACUUCCACCACUCUUCGAUGGGGCCUCCUGUUAAUGAUGAAAUAUCCAGAAAUUCAAAAAAAGGUACAAAACGAAAUCGGCAAAGUGAUUGGAUCAGCUCAGCCUCAAACAGAGCACAGAAAACAAAUGCCCUAUACUGAUGCCGUUAUCCACGAGAUUCAGAGAUUUGCAGACAUUGUGCCUACUAACCUUCCCCAUGCAACAACUAAGGAUGUCACUUUCAGGGGAUAUUUUUUUCCAAAGGGAACCCGUGUGAUCCCAUUGCUGACUUCAGUUUUACGAGAUACGGCUUACUUUAUAAAACCAGAUGAAUUUUACCCUCAACACUUCCUUGACUCCGAAGGAAACUUUGUAAAGAAUGAGGCGUUCCUACCCUUCUCAGCAGGUAAAAGAAUUUGUGUUGGAGAGAAUUUGGCUAAGACUGAACUCUUUUUGUUCUUCACAAAACUUCUGCAGAACUUCACAUUCCAAUCACCUCUAGGACAGGACCUUAAACUAAACUCUGCAGAUGGCUUUACUUCAAAUCCUAUGGUUCAUAAAAUCUGUGCAUUGUUUCGCACCCAGGACUAAAAUUGAAAUAAA